AUGAAAAAUAACAUUACUAGAAGACGAAACCCUAGAAGAGUUAUUAACGCAAUCAACAUUAAUAACGAAAUUGAACUCCUUGAAAUACGAGUGCACGAGCUGAAAGACGUUGUCGACGUAUUUUUAAUUUGCGAAUCGUCAUAUACAACAUUUGGAGAAAAGAAGCCAUUGCGGUUACUGGAGAGACUUCAUGGUGGAUUUUUAAAAGAAUUCCAGCAUAAGUUUCUAUAUGUGUUUCUUGACCAUUUUCCACCUGGUGGGUACAAAAAUGGUUGGAUUGCAGAUGAUUAUCUUCGAACGUAUCUUAGCAAAGAGGGACUUAAACGUCUUAAUGGACUGAAGCAAGAUGAUCUUUUUAUUCUAAAUGAUGCAGAUGAAAUACCUCGUGCGGAUGAUGUCAUAUUUUUGAAAUUUUACGAUGGUUUUGGUGAGCCGAUCUCUUUAUGGUACCGGUGGAAUCUAUAUGGAUUCUUUUGGCAAAAUAAGAUACCUGCUAUUAAACUGUCGACUAUAUGCACUGUCGGGUUUCUACAGCAGGCCUAUGACAACGACGCCAUUUUAUUGCGGAGACGUCCAAAAAUAAUAAGUCCUAAAAUGUUAAAGAGCACUUCCUUUAUACAAAGAUAUAGGCCUUGGUCAAUUGGUUCGUCAUCAGAGACUAGCGGUUGGCACUGUUCGUGGUGCUUCCCUUUGAAAGAGUUUCCCAUCAAAUUGAGAUCAGCUCAAAGUGACGACGGACCUAGGUGGGGAGACUAUCCUGAAAAGUACAACUUAAAAUACAUCAAACAUCUUAUUAAAACCGGUCUGUGGUUUGACAAUCGUAAAGUCACUGUCUUAGUUAAUGUAACAACUACAAAUCAUGCACCUUCUUACGUUCUGAAAAACUUCAAAAAAUUAAAGUUUCUUAUAUUCAAUCCUUACAGAAAUUAA